CAAGUCAACUUAUUUUUUAGUGAGUGCCCGCACCGCAUUGGAGAAACAUGUCCACGGAGAACGAACUGUCCUCGGUGCUGUCCAGGCGACAGGCCAUCAACGACGCUCUGGAAGACGGAGUGGAGGUGAAGCCGCGGUUCCGCGCCGCCACAUCGAUCUACACCGAGUUCCACGAGUUUACGCGCAAGCAGAUCAAGCAGUACGAGACCGAAUUCAACAAGUAUGACGAGGGCGGUGACGGCUUUUUAGACCUGACCGAGCUGAAGCUGAUGAUGGAGCGGCUGGGCGCGCCGCAGACGCACCUCGGACUGAAGAGCAUGAUCGCCGAGGUGGACGAGGACAAAGACAACAAGAUCAGCUUCCGCGAGUUCCUGCUCAUCUUCCGCAAAGCGAGCGCCGGCGAACUCUCGGACGACUCGGGUCUCAGCCAGCUGGCCAGGCUCACCGAGAUCUGCGUCCACGAAGUCGGCGUCGUCGGAGCAAAGUCUUUCUUCGAGGCCAAGAUUCGAAAGGAGAUUGAGGAGCAAAACAAGGGAAGCAAAUUCGAGCAGGAGCUGCGGGAAGAGCAGGAAGGGCGGCGGCGCGAGGAGGAGGAGCGGGCACGGCGGAGACAGGCGUUCAAGCAGACGGCCUCCGUCUUCCAGUAGUCUGCCGCUCUCACCAAUCAAAUCCAAAUCCUCGAAAAGCCAAAAAGUUGAUGACGCGCGGGCGACGAUUUUGUUUUGUUUGUUUUUCGGCAUUCCGACAGCACGCAUUUAAAAUACGCAUGAUAUUAUAAUUGUAUCGGUGUGGCGCGAGCAGAGCACAAGUUUUCACUCUCCUCUCACAAAAUAGAAAAUAAUGCCGCCGAGUCGUUGUCACAUUAUCUGCUUUGAUUGUUACCAAGUGUCGCGUGUGUGCCCUCGCCGGGCAAGGCCUUUAUGUAAAUAUAGAUACGACCUUCCGAUCCUCCUCUGGUCAGAGAACUGCGAAGAAAACCACAUUGCCAUUUCGUGAAAUUAUUGAAUAAAAGAGAAUUAAAAGAGUAUUAUUUUA